AUGUUUGACACGAAAAUUGGUCUUUUGAUUGCUCGUCGAGCCCUCGCCCAAGAUACCCCAGGCCAACAGUUGGCUUCUCAUACAAUAUCCGAUGCCAAAAUCUCCCUUCCUCUGCCUUACAUCAACGUAUCAAUAUUAUCAACAAUCUGUGGAGACAGGAAAGGUGUCGAAAUAUUCAAACGGCGAGACUAA